AUGUCCCUAGUAUUUGCUGCUGCAGGAUUAAUGACAAUACCAUUAAUAUUUUAUUAUGGAAGAGCACCAACGUUAGGAGGACUUGCUGUGUUAGCCUCAAUCAUUCCACUUGUGUUUAUAAAUCAUGUAAGCGCAACAUAUGUCACUCGUCUAUGCCUUUAUCUACCAACGUUCAAGAAAAGCAAGUUAAAUAAUACAGAUGUUUUUGAUCCAUACAAAUUGGAUAAAUCAGGAAAUCCAUCUCUUUACUUUGAAACUUUGGGUUUUUUUGAAAAGUUUAUUAAGACCUGA